AAUCGACUCCUCAUAACCACUGGAGGUGGGGAAAAAUGACAACAGCCUUUGACAAAACCGUGGUUACGUUCAGACACUGUGGGAAAGAUAUCUAUACUUUUUCAGAUCAAAACGCCACCGUAUCCUCACUGUGCCUACAGAAUCAAGCAUGUGCUCGAAAACAUCAGUGUCCUGUUUGUCAGGAGCCUCUCGUACUUGGACUUUUAGACGCACCUGUGGCUCUUCCAUGUCCGUUUACGAACGGACACAAAGCUCCGUGCUCAUUUCUCAUAGGAGCGAACGACGGACCGUCAUUUCUAAGAGAAGGCCAUGACACAGAGUUGCAUGUUGGAGUCUCAAACUCAAAAGGUUUAGUCUAUAACUACACAUUGUCAGGAGUCCAGAGGGACGAACAUGGAUGGGAACAGUGCGUCUGUAUACAGCUGGUUCCGCCUUGGAGAGAUUCCCUAAUAGAGUCAUGGGAUAAAGAACUGCAACUGUUUUCAUCACUUCCAAUCUGGGCUCCAGAGAGGUUUCAUGAAGAGAGGGAGUUUGGAUCUUGUUGUUAUGGAUUUGCCCUGACAUUCAUAAAUCAUAUGCGAUCACUGGACAGUAAAGACUCUCUUAGUCGAGAUGAGUUCACCACUUUACAUGUUCUACCCAGAAUAAAACCUGCCUCCAUGUACAUCAAGGUGUAUGAAGAAAUACAGCGGCAUGGUUUGUACAUAGUUAACAAAUAAAAUAUCUUCGGGUUUGUCAGUCCUUGAGGUAAUUUUUCAUGAAAAAAUCACUCGUUCAGCAGUUUCCGUUGUUGGGUUGGAUAUAUUUUUGUUAUUUACCAGCUAAUUCCAAUAUGAACAUACAUCAUCUAGAAGAUGAAGAAUAUUUAAAUCUUUCAUUUCAUGUUUCAUGAGGUGUUUUGUUGCGUCUCGCAGCAACGCUACUUGCUUAUUUCUGGUACCGGCAUCUGCAUCUGUUCUCACGCAUGCACAGACUGAGAAAUCCAAAAGAAAUCAGAGUAAGAGUUUACACGCACUGAGAAAUCUGAUUACUGAGCUAAAAUCCAGCCUCUUCAUCAGAUUUCUUAAUCGUUUUUCUAGAUCGGAGUAUAGUGUUUACAUGACCAUUUGAAUAAUCGGAUAACUGCAGAAAUCCUAUUAUGAUCGGAUUAUUGAGUGCAUGUAAACGCACUGAUUGAUUUAAUGAAAUGGAAGUUAGCAAUUAAUUUUUUUUUAUUGUAAAUGCAUGAAGUUAAUGUAGCUAAUUAAAGACUGUUUGAAGCUGAGUACUGGCUUGAGCAUCCAUUAAAUAUAAAAGGAUAAGUGAUGCUUCAUUUACUGUCCUUUUAUUAAUUAUAUGAUGUCACAAAUACGACAAUAAAUCAUAUACUUUUGUUCAUAGAUACAAGUCAUAUUAAGGGUUGUUUGAUUAAAAUUGAGAAUGAAAAUCUCAGAUAACUUUAAAGGGCCUUAUGAUUCUGAUCAUGAUUGGAUGUACUUUAAAAACGUUACAUAUUUAUUAGUGCAUUAUUAUAACGUGAUGUAAGUGAUGUGGUUUCGGGGUCAUGAAAGUCUGCCAACCCUAAUAUAUUCAGAAACGUUAAAGCACAUGAUUCAGAAUGACGUUCACUAACAAUCACAAUGGAUGUUGAACAAUAACUGUAAUGAAUAUAAAUAUAUACACUGACUAGCCACCUCAUUAACUACCCUCCUUCUACACUCAGGGGGAUCCUGACCCUUGAACAACAGGGUGAAAGGAGGCUAACAAAGUAUGCAGAGAAACAGAUGGACUACAGUCUGUAAUUGUAGAACUACAAAGUGCUCCUAUAUAGUAAGUGGAGCUGAUAAAAUGGACAAUGAGUGUAGAUACAAGGAGUUGGUUUUAAUGAAGUGGCCGGUCAGUGUAUGUGGACAAUACACAAGUAUAAUUCAACGAUAACCUGAUAAGUUCAUGACCACCAAUAAUUGUUCAGUCAUUUAUUUUUUUAAUAUGACUUUUUCUGGUAAAUACCUGCAAUACCAGUCAAAUACACUUACUUUGAUACACCUACUCAUAGAGGUUUCCUUAUUUUUUACUGUUUUUCAUAUUUUAGCAUAGCAAAGGCAUUAACACUUUUCCAUACGUGUUAAUAAUACAUUGACUGAAAAUAGUCAAAAUGAUCUAUUUUGGAUUGUUCAAAGUAGCCCCUUUGAGUCGAUGCAGCUUUGUACAUGAAGAGCAUCAUGGGAUACUAACUGGUUGCUGAAACUUUUGUCUUGAACUUGUUGACCUGGUUUCACAGUGUUAAGGUUUAGAAGUCAACUACUAAAAAUAAUAAUGAGUUUUGUUCAGAAUGAAGCCUGUAUGAAUGACAGUAUUUAGACAUCUGGCUGCUAUGAAAAUGAUCAUAUGUCUUGUGUUCUUUGUAAAAGAAAACUGCUCUUGGUUUUUGUAUCAACUUUGGGCUUUAAUAAACAGUUGUAUCUUUA